CUUAAAAUAGAGCGUGUUUGAUCUUGUGGAGAGUUUUAGAGAUUUGUUUCUUAUGAACUAAUGUCAUAUCGAUUGAUCUUCAUAUAACCUUUGCGCUGAUGUUAAAUCGUCGAUUUCCGUGUGCACAUUUUCGUAUGUCGUAUUGACGUAUCGUUACAAAAAUGCGUGCAAUCGUAGUGAUCAUUGUCCACUUCUCAGUUAUUAACUGUAUCGAUAUUCUUGAUUCAUCUCUUAAACGAAAUUUUCCUCACGGUAAAUCAGAAUUGGUGUUCCUUUUAGAUCGUUCUGGAAGCGUUGGUGCAGGAAAUUUUGAAGUUGAGAAAAGCUUCGUUGAUAGUCUGCUCACCGAGUUCACGAUCGCUCCCGAAGCAACCCGAGUCGCGGUCAUAAGCUACAGUGAGAACGUCGUCCGGCAUAUUGAUUACAUUGGUCGAAAACCGAAAAAUAAAUGUCACUUCUCGUCUGAAAUUCAACUGGUGAAAUAUGAACGGGGCGGAAAAACCAACAUUAAUGGUGCAUUGAUUGAGGCACAGAAUGUUCUGGCCAAUGCCAGGCAUGGUGUAAAGAAGGCCCUCAUUCUUCUAAGUGAUGGCAUCGCCAACGUUGGUGGCGACCCACUUACUACGGCAACCGCCCUCAAGAUUGAUAAUGUAGAGGUCUUCACAUUUGGAGUCGGUCUCUUUGAUAAAGAAGAGCUAGAAAAGAUUGCAACGGACAAGGACCAUGCUUUCCAGUACAGUAGUUUUCACCAGUUCCAGCAGUUAGCCUACCGCAUCAGAGGAGAUCCUCACGAAGUUAAGUGGGAUAAAAGCGUCGCACUGUCUGCGUGCGAUAACCUAUGCGCAGAUCCUUUUCCGGGUAUAGGUUGCUGUGACACAUACGCACAGUGCACAUGCGCUCUGGUUGGUGGUAGCCAUGACUGUGUCUGUGGGCCUGGCUACAAAGGGCUAAGUGGUCUCGUGAGUAGAUGUAUUCCGUGUCCUAGAGGUACAUAUAAGGACGUAUUAGAACCAUUGGAAAAGUGCUUUCCAUGUCCAGAUCAUGCUACAACACUCGAUGUGGGAGCUGAGUCCAUCGACGACUGUGUCUGCAUUGAGGGCUACGAUGGAAAUCCUGCUACAGGUCAACCAUGUGAACUAUCAACAUGUCCAGUCUUAACGCCACCAAUCAAUGGAAAGAAGAUACCAAUAGACUGUGGUAAUACAUUCAAUACUCGCUGUAAGUUCGAGUGCAACGAAGGAUACCAGUUAACCGAUGUGAGAUCUAAGGCGAGGCAGUGUCUACCAACAGGAGCCUGGACCGAAUCACAAGCUUUAUGUGAAAAAAUCAGGUGCCAGAGCCUGUCGUCGCCAGCAUUUGGAAGUAAAGAUUGUUCAAGUGUUGACAAUGUGUUUGAUUCUGAAUGUACAUUCAAAUGUAACGAAGGGUAUAACAUACAAGGAAGUGCCAUUAGAAAAUGUGCUGCAAAUGGACAAUGGACAGGAGAUGCCGUGAAAUGUGUAGGAAUAAGUUGUCCAGCCAUCGCUCUACCAGAGAACGGAGUGAUAGCGCCAGGGAAUUGCGCUCAAGAGAGACAGACCUUAGGUGCACGGUGUGUUGUUGGAUGUAGGAAAGGAUAUGAAAUUAUUGGUGAUGAAAUCUUGCAGUGUCAACCUUCAGGUGAAUGGAGUGGUAACGGGAAUAAUAUCCUCUGCAUAGAUGGAGAGCCACCUGAGGUAACUUGCCCAAAUAGUAUAACCGUCGAAACAGAACCCAGCUUGGACAGUGCAGUGGUGCACUGGGAUGAUCCGGUGAUUACAGACAACGACCCUGUGAAUCCACCUCGUAUUGAAGUCAACCCUGUUGGUACUAAAUCUGGAGAUAGGUUUAAAAUUGGAUAUUAUGUUAUAACAUACAAAGCAAUUGACAAAGCUGACAAAGAGAACGUCUGCUAUUUCAAAAUCACUGUCCAAGACAAAGAAAAGCCAAUGGUUGUAGGCUGUCCAGAAAAGAUUAGCGUUAAAUCUCAAGAAAGAUUAACACCGGUAAAUUGGGAAGAACCAACAUUUUCUGAUAACUCUGGUGCAGAUCUGACUAUCACUCGUACGCACAACCCCGGAGACAAGAUGGUAUGGGGAAGUCACUUGGUUUCCUACACAGCAAGCGAUCCAGAAGAGCUAAAAGCUGUUUGUACGUUCACGAUAGAAAUUGGCCCGACUGAAUGUGAGAACUUUCCGGCACCUAUUAAUGGAGCACGAGCCUGCGACCAAUGGUUGUUUGGCAUGUUCUGUCGUGUGUACUGUAAUAAGAAAUACGAUUUUGCCACCAUCCCUGCCAAAUGGUACGUGUGCCAAUCUAGUCAAUGGACCACUAUCCCACCGCUGCUUGAAAUUCCCUGGCCAGACUGUUCAGAAAAGCGAGUAGCAACUCAGGCUCGUAAAGGAAUGAAGACACAGUAUUAUGCCGGGAACUGCAAUUCUCAGAAAACUAAAAAAGCUAUCCAAAAAGCAUUCAUCAAAGCAUUUCAAACAAGCUCAUUCAGUUCAUCCUGCCAGGUGGAAGACGCGUGUGUCAUUGAGAAGGUUACUGUCUAUUGCGGUGAGAUUGACGACAGUGUUGGCAGAAGACGUCGGGAUUUAACUCAGCAAGGAUUCAACAUGGUCGCAACUAUUGACUUCAAUAUGACUGCCAGCACGUACGAAGAUUUUCAGGACGACAAGUUAGGUGAACAGAAACUCAAUGAGCUACUAAGCAUUUUAGAUGAUACAGGACGUCUUUUUGAGAACAAUAUUAAGACGGGAGCAAUGGAGCUUGUACUUGAAGACGAAAAUGACGAAGUGCUGGAAGUUGACGAAGAGUCCUACGAAAUUAACGAGAGUGAACCCUUCUGUACGAAUGGAACAGUAUUGCAAAAAGGAACUAAAUGCGUUAACUGUCCAGUUGGUACUUAUUACAAUCUGGACUCGGAUACGUGUAUGACAUGUACUGCGGGCAUGUAUCAGGACGAGGAGAGCCAGACAGAGUGUAAGCAUUGCGAGGAAGGAACAUGGACAGUUGGAAACAACGCCAAAAACUUUACUUCUUGCAAAGAGAUAUGUGAACCUGGUACUUACUCGGCGACUGGACUUGCAACUUGUAAAUCGUGUCCAAUCGGCAUGUACCAAGACGAGAGGCGACAAUCAUCCUGCAAUUCUUGUCCAAAUGGCACGACUACCUGGACCUUUGGAACCAAGAGAGUAGAAGAUUGCCAAGGCACAUGCCUCCCGGGUACAUUUUCUGUUACUGGUAUUUUACCAUGUGAUCCAUGUCCGGUUGGUUACUAUCAAAAUGGAAGGCAGCAGAGACAAUGCAUCCUGUGUGAGGGUAGUUUAACGACCUACUAUGAAGGGUCAACAAGCCGAAGUCAGUGCGUAGAUAUCGACGCGUGCCUUUCGAUGCCCUGCUUAUUUGGUGGUACGUGUAUUGAUGAGAAAUUUGGUUUUCGGUGUGAGUGUCCGGCUGGGUUUGAUGGUACUACAUGUGAAAACAACAUUGAUGAGUGUUUAGCAGUACCGUGUUCCUUUAAUGCUACGUGCGUUGACAGAGUGAAUGACUUUUCGUGUUUAUGUCGUCCCGGCUACACUGGACGUUUGUGCAGCAGCGAAGUAGACGAGUGUUUGUCAAAUCCAUGUCAAAACGAGGCUGCUUGUCAAGACGAAAUUGAUGGCUAUGUUUGCAACUGCGUGAACGGAUUCUCUGGUACAUUUUGUGAAGUUGCGCCGAAUAACUGCAACGUCGGUGCAUGUUCACACCGUGGUAGGUGUUCCAAUCGUGCCAAUGGAUCGUUCCGGUGCACUUGCUGGUCGGGUUAUAGUGGAAUGUUUUGCGAAAAAGAGAUCGAAGAGUGUGAUUCUAAUCCAUGUCAAAAUGGGGCAAGUUGCAUCGACCUCAUCGGGUAUUUUCGGUGCGCAUGUCCUGUUGGAUUUGAGGGCGUCUUCUGUGAGGUGAACAUUGAUGAUUGUCAGCAAAAUCAGUGUCAACACGCUGAAUCGUGUGUCGACGAAAUCGGAGGCUAUCGAUGCUUAUGUGAACCAUCGUAUUCCGGAACGUUGUGUGAGGAACAUAUCUCGGAUGAUUUUACAUUACAUUUUCCUUCAGCGAUGGUUUCAGAUUACUCUUUUAUUAAUAGAAUACCAGGUUUCCGUGCAGUCACCAUUGGCUUUUGGAUGAAAUCUUCAGAUCAAAGUCACAUAGGAACUCCGUUUUCAUACGCUGCGUAUCUAAACGGUUCGCUCAUUGAUAAUGCACUUACGUUGACGGAUUACGCGGCUUUUAAGUUGUUUGUGAAUGGUGAACAAGUUUUUACAGACGUCGGUGCUAACGAUGGAAAGUGGCACUACAUCGCGUUUACAUGGGAAAGUUUUGGUGGUUCUUGGAAGUUCUACAAAGACGGUCAAGUAGCAGCCAAAGGCGACGGUUUCCGUUCCAACCAGUACAUCCCUCCAGGUGGGACAGUAGUGAUUGGCCAAGAGCAAGAUGCCUACGGUGGCGGCUUCAGUGCCAAAGAAGCAUUUUUGGGUGAUAUCAGCAGAUUAAAUAUUUGGGAUACUGCACUUUCUCCAGAUGAAAUUCGUCGUCUGUCAAGCAACUGUCGAGGAGUAAAUGUGUCAGGAAUCGUCAGGUCGUGGGCAGACUUCUUACCCAAUCGACAAGGAGCAGUCACGGAAAUUAGUCCAUCACAAUUUUGUUCAGAUCUUGAUCAGUGCCAGCGCAAAACAUGUUUGAAUGGAGGAAGGUGUGUGGAUGAGGUGGACGACGCUUACUGCGCAUGUGUAUCCGGAUACCAAGGGGAUAGAUGUGAAAUUGCCAGUCAGAAUUGUAAUCCAAAUCCGUGUAACCACGGGACAUGCGCAGAUGAUGGCAGUUCAUAUGUUUGCGCAUGCCUGCCUGGAUUUGUAGGAAAUGUUUGCGAGAUCAACAUUGAUGACUGCGAAUCUGCUCCUUGCCAACAUGGAGGGCGCUGUAUCGAUGGAGUUAAGAGCUUCCUAUGUGAAUGUGUGCCACAGUAUAGGGGAACAUACUGUGAAAUAGAAGUGGAGUGUGUGCUUUUACCGCCAAUUCAUGGUAGUGUAACGCCUAAACUCUCUAGGUACGCUCAUGGAGAGCAGGUUACCUACACGUGUGAAGAGGGUUACCGAUUACAAGGAAGUGAACGACGCACAUGCAACAGGGAAGGUAGUUGGACGGGAACAGAUUCGCAGUGUAUUGAUGUAAAUGAAUGUCUGGAAAACAACGGGUUGUGUGUGGAAGAUUGCAUCAACGUGGAAGGCAGCUACGAAUGCGCUUGCCGUCUAGGUUUCCGUUCAUCAUACAGUAGAAGGUAUUGUGUCGAUAUAAAUGAAUGCUAUUCGGACGUGGAUGCAGGCGGAUGUCAACAAUUGUGUAUAAACACACCUAUGGGUCACGUGUGUUCAUGCAGAGAUGGUUUCGCACUUGUCAAUACCAAUUUCUGUCAAGAUAUCAAUGAAUGUGCAUCGCCGCAAGUCUGCGAGCAUUGGUGCUACAACACACUGGGAAGUUAUCAAUGCGCUUGUGAUCCAGGCUAUGAAUUAAGUACUGACGGAACUACAUGUUUAGUCACAGGAUGUGGACCAGCUCCUCGGCCAGGCAACGGCAGGGUGCAUCACGUUGGGGCAACUGCAGUGUACAACUGUGAAGCUGGUUUCAACCUUAUAGGUCCAACCAAAAGAACAUGCGAACCAGAUUUGCAAUGGUCUGGAACCAACCCUUACUGUAAAGAAAUUGUCUGCCCUGAAGUUAGUCCGAUUGAAAAUGGUCAUGUACAUGGCUCUGGUUUGACUGUUGGAAGCCAGGUCAGGUUCACCUGCAACGGGGACUAUAGUUUAGAUGGCACUUCUGUUCAAACGUGUGGUAAUAAUGGCCAUUGGUACCCAACACAAAGACCGUCCUGUCAAAAAUGCGGGCUGCCUAUUACGCCAUUCAACCAUGGCUCAAUGAUUGUUUCAGUUGAGAACGAACGAACUAAGACGAUUUCGUACUCUUGUGACAGCGGAUAUCGCAUGAAGGGCGAAAACACACCAAAGUACCUCUACGAUGGCAUUAAGUGUACAGCUGCAUUCACAUCAAAUCUGAACUGA